GGGAAACUUUCUCUUUUGAUGCCGCCCAUAUAAUUGGUAAGUCGCAGCCUCGCAGGUACACGAGUGCAGGUAGAGGGUUCACUUGCUCACGGACAGGAAAGUCGGGGGAAGUGGGUGUGUAGCGUGGUAUGUCUGGACUGCUUCGAAUUUUGGGACGAGCAUUGGGUUUCUCAAAAAGCCAGCAGCCACAGAAUCUUACCAAAGGUCUCCCCAUAAGAGACCUCACAAAGUUCGCUGAGGGCGACAGGGUACUCAUCGAUGGAGCGCGACUCGCGGCGCCUCUACGCAAAGACUCGGUCUACAAUUUCCAGCAUGGAAUCCUCCCCAACAAUGACAUAAUCGACAAGCAACGUUCUACGCUCUACAUACAUGGGAAGAGCGCAAGUGGGAAGAAUGCGCUGUACAAGAUCGAGCCUCCUACCUUGGACCAAUAUGUUUCGUUGACACCAAGGCUCGUGACUCCGGUCUAUGCGAGCUACGCUUCAACGAUCGUUUCUUUACUGGACAUUCACCCUGUGCCACGGACGCCAUCGCAGUCGCCAGAUCCUACACCUUCCUCGAGUUUCGAGAUCCUCGAAGCCGGUACAGGCCAUGGCAGCCUCACAAUGCAUGUUGCUCGAGAGAUUGCGGCGGCGAAUCCACCACCGCUCACAAUCAACGUCCCACGAAUCCAGAAGGAGGAUGCCACACACGCCGCUGAAUCCACGAGGCCGCAGGUCGAUCAAGAUCUCGAUAGCGCCUGGAAUGACUGGAAAACGACACGCAAGGCCGUGCUCCAUACCGUGGAAAAGGUCGAGGCAAACAGAUGGCAUGCAGAGAAAGUCGUUAGAGGUUUCCGUCAAGGUCUAUACUGGCCUCACGUCAAUUUCUAUGUCGGUGAUGUGCGGACAUGGAUUGAAGAGCAGUUGGAGCGGAGACAAAAAGGGGAGUUUCUUGACUACGUAUUGCUUGACAUGCCCGGCGUAGAGACACAGCUCAAAAACGUACACGCUGCCAUGCGUGAAGGAGCGAAAGUCAUUGUCUUUGCCCCCUCUGUCACACAGGUCGGCCAAUGCGCCCGGAUCAUACAGGAAGCGUCACUCCCUUUGAGGAUGGAGAAAGUGCUGGAAUUGGGCGAGGGAAUCAGUAACGGUCGCCAGUGGGACGUCAGGAUGGUGCGCCCUCGGAGGUACAACGAUUCUGCGUCCGAAAAAACAACAUCACCUGCGGCGGUCACAGAAGCUACAAACCCAGAGCCGUUGGGCGCCGCUUCUGUUGGCGAAGAGAGUGUCAGCACUAUUGGAGGCGAUGUCGUGGAUGAUCUUGAAACUCCCGUGCGGGAAGAAUUGACUGAUGAGCCAGUCAUGAUCUGUCGUCCUCUUGUAGGCGAGCGAACGCUUGGUGGUGGUUUCAUCGGGUUGUUCAAAAAGAUGUCGCCCGAAUCUGUGGCAGUGGAGUCGCAAUGGCGGCGCAGCCAAACAGGCUGGUCGAAGAAACGGAAAAAGUUGAACAUAUGAAAAGCACUCAUGAAGCUCUGCUCUGCAAGACCCUGUACUAUAUCAUGUGUACCAAUAAACUCGUGGGAGGUUUAGACAGGAAGAAGCCAAAUCGUAAUCAUUUUCGGAGCUUCGUGUUCGUCUCUGGUGUCACGAAUACCGAGUAUGUGAAAUAGAUGCCACAACAAGUACAUACUUCCACACCAGAACAAAUUGCCGGAAGUUCUGCGCCAUGCUUUAUAUCAAUGCAAAUUCCUUUUCACCCAUCCCACAUUUGUGACUCUUCCCAUACUGCCACCCUGGACAUGAAGAUCGAGAUAAAGGGCCCGGUCACCUCCUCAGGAUCUUUCAUUUGGUCGUCGCAGGUAGAGCAGAUUUGGCCCUUUCCAGGACAUUCUCCGCCACUGGCAUAACGCGGCUCUGGAGGUUCUCGG